GAUAAACCUCAGGUCACUCUUUACUCCCCUAGCCCAGAGAGCUGCCUCUCUCGUAUCCCGGUGAGUAUACCCCCUUUUCUCUCAUUCGCACUCCUGCUCUGCAUCCACGAGCUCAUCGACGGGACAUGUCCUUCCUGUUCUUCGCCGUGUUGUCCUCCGCGCUCGUGCUGCGGGACGUCGAGUCGUGGGGCGUGAACGUCAAGUACGCGGUAAACUGCCCGGAGCGCUGCAACGCGCAGCUCUGCGGCGCGCCCCGCUGCAGACGCGCUGGCGCCGCCACCGUCCUGGACGACUGCGGCUGUUGCCAGGUGUGCGCGGCGGGCCGAGGGGAGCACUGCUACCGCACCGUGUCCGGGAUGCACGGGGUGAAGUGCGGACCGGGAUUCUAUUGCGAGUUCUACAAGGAUGAGGACGACUACGGCGAUGAAUACGGCGUUUGUAGAGAUUGCGUGUUCGGGACGUACGGGGUCGAAUGCCGCAAGACGUGCAGCUGCAAGGGAGGCCUCUGUGACCGAGAGACGGGGGCCUGCCUCACCUUCAAGUUCUUCACCAAAAUCGCCAGCAAGCUCAGGCCAACCACAGCGGAGCUGGGCUCAGGAGAGGUCAGUCACGGUCAAGACGCGGACCAGGACCCCAACAGAACCGCAGACCCCAAGGUCCGCACCCCCCGCUGACGACCGCAUACACUAGUCUGACAGUAGCCUACUCUGUGUAAAUGUAGCAUAGUCUUAACUUAUAAAUGAUUGAAGAAUAUAUUUUAUGAUCGUAUAAAACCGAACUUUUUUAUGCCUUAAAACUUAAAGUCAUUUCGUGUGCCUUUAUGUUGCUCGAUAAGUUUCAAAUGACAUAAGAAAGUAGGCUACCUACUUUGCACAUUUUAUAUCGUUUGCUUACUGAAUACAGCCUUAUUUUUCAUACUGUCAACCGUUUUGUUGCACUAAAUCAUCUGAUGUCUGCUAUACAUAUAUGUUUCAUUUAUAUAUCUUACCUACUGAUAUUAUGGAAUAUACAGUAUGUAGGCCUGUCUUUCACCUGUCAUUGGAUUAAAAUGAUGCUCUUACAAAUAAAUCAAAAGGAUGAAGGAACAAAACUUGGUUGCAGUGCUUUGAUUUAGAGGGAUGGAUGUACCAAAGAAUGUGGUUAAAGGCUUCAUACCUUUUUGAGUAUUAUUUAAUUCAUUUUAUAACGAGGCCCACACAUUGCAUUGUUUGAAUAAAUUAGUAUGAUUGAACUGGCUCAAUAUAUUCGAAUA